GGCAAACAGCACCUAAAAGAAGCCCAGCCGCCUGCAUGCGCAAGAAGCUCACUCCCAAUGGUUGCCAAUAAAGAGAUCUCAACCUCCAGCUUCCGCGUUGCCGUUUCCCUCCUGCUCCCUCUCUCUCCUCCAUUUCAAUUUUCAACCUGUGAAGUGCUUCGAUUCCUCCUCCUCGGCAAGCUAGGGCAAACCAGAUCUCUUUAACCAGCUCAUGGAAGAUCAAUCAAUGUAUGCACUCAUCUCGUAUUCCCAUUGCUGAUUUCGGUAUCAGAGGGAUAUCGAACUCGUUGUUAAUCGAUCCGCUGAUUGAUGCUUUCGUCCCGACUGCGGUUCGAAUUCGCACAUGGACUCGUUCUGGAGUCACACCAGCGCGCCAAACUCGUGGCAUUUCCUCGUUGCAAUCUACUUCGCUGUCAUUUUCUUCGUCGCCAGGUUCUCCCUCGACAGACUCAUCCUUCGCAGGCUGGCCAUCUGGCUAGUGGGCAAGGGAGCCAUUCCAUUAAAGAUUAAUGAGGCUAUGCAAGCAAAGAUUGUAAAAUGCUCGGAGUCUUUGUGGAAGCUUACAUACUAUGCCACUGUUGAAGCAUGCAUUCUCACCAUUGCAUACAAUGAACCAUGGUUCAGAUAUAGAAAAGAGUACUUUAGAGGUUGGCCGAAUCAAGAGUUCAGGAUUCCGUUAAAACUUUUUUACAUGUGCCAAUGCGGAUUUUACAUGUACAGCAUUGCUGCCCUCCUUACAUGGGAGACUCGAAGGAAGGAUUUCUCUGUAAUGAUGUCUCAUCAUAUAGUCACUGUUAUCCUGAUUGGUCAGUCGUACAUUACAAGCUUUUUCCGGAUUGGCUCAAUUGUUCUUGCGCUACAUGAUGCAAGUGAUGUAUUCAUGGAAGCUGCUAAAAUUUGUAAAUACUCAAGGAAGGAGCUUGGAGCAAGUGUGUUCUUUGGAUCAUUUGCCGCCUCAUGGCUCAUACUGCGACUCAUAUUCUUUCCCUUUUGGGUUAUAAGAUCAUCAAGCUCUGAUGUAUGCCAGUGCUUGAAUCUAUCAGAGUCCUAUCCCACAUUCUUAUACUAUGUGUUCAAUACAAUGUUAUUGACGCUACUUGUGUUCCAUAUGUACUGGUGGCUUCUCAUAUACGCAAUGAUCAUUAAACAGCUGAAAAAUUGGGGAAAAGUUGGAGAAGAUAUCAGAUCUGGUAAGCCGCUUACUCUUCCCAUCAAAUGUUAGGUCACCGUCUAAUCCAAAAAAUUGCUAAAAUGCUUCUCUCUCUCUCUCUCUCUCUGUGCACACACGUGCGUACAUGCGUGUGCGUGCAUGCUCAUGAAGUUUAUUUAAAAUGGCUCCUUACAACCCUUUUUUAUAUUUUUUAUUUCUUAAGGUGACUACAACUUUCAACUGUAGAUGUAGAUCCAAAGUAGUGUAGAAUUUAGGAUGUUUAUCACUUGAAUUUCCAUAUGGCUUUUCCGUUACUUUUAGGAUUUAUAGAAAUGCUUCCAAGAUUUUGUCCCUAUGUUUGGAAAUGUCUUGGAUUUGGAUUUGUACUGGAUUUGGAUAAAAUGUAAUAUAAAACUGUAUUGAAAUUUUUGUCCUAACCCACCAAAAUUCAAAUCCAAAGUCCGAAAUCCAUGCUCCCAAACGCAGCGUGUUUGUAUUUCUGUUGACAUAGUGCGUGCAUAAAAUCAGUUAAGGGAGUGCUGGUGAGUAGCCUCAUUAAGUAUUUGCUGAAAUUUCUCGUUAGUAAAAGUCUCAGAGCAUGUGUUGUAGUUUUGCAUUAUUAACCUAGAUUUAGUGAUGUUUAUGUGGGAGAAAAGUAAAUAUUCAGAUGUCUUUUUAUGUAAUUAACUUCAGUGAGUUUAUUGGAUCUCUAAUAAAAAUUAUGAAAAGUUAGGUAAGUAAAAAUGCUGUGUUGUUUGCAAGCCAUUUUUGGAAAAUUUCAUACUUAAGUUUGUCUUACCCUAUAAACCAUGCUUUAUUUGAGAUAGAGAUGUUUUAUUAUGGGCCUAUAAUGUUUAGGUUUAAUCAUUUUUACGAUUCUGAGGAUACAUCCACUGGGGACAGAAUGCUUGCUUUUACUAAUAUAUUAUUGAUUCUUUCGGUUAUUGAUGCUGUAACUGUAGUACUACAUCUGAACUGCCUCACGUACGUAAAUGUCUAUUAUGCCUUCUGGGUCCUCACGUUUCUUUUUCCUUUUCUCAUGCUCUCUCUCUCUCCCCAAAUAAAAUAGAAAAGUGAUUUCUUCUUUGGUGGGUUAUGAUAACAGUUUUUGGUGACAAAAAAUUUGAACUUCUUUCAAGGUCAGUUACGCAAAAUUAAUCCCUAAAGUAGAGAAAAAGAUUACUAAAUUUUUUACUUACACGUUGAUUUGUACUAUUCAUUGUGCCUGAUUUUUACUUAAUAACCUGAUCUUUAUACUGAAAAGUUCUCUAAUCCUGUGUUUAGAAGAGGCCAUGGAUUUAAUUGUGAAUAAAAUAUAAUAUGAAAUUGCAUUGAAUUUUUUAUCCAAAUUCACACAACCCCAUGGACCAAAAUCUAUGCUCCCAAACACAGCAUAGUGAUACAUGCAUGCCCUCACCUUUUGUGUGAUAUCAAUUCCAGCAUAAGAUUAAGAUGUUUUGGAGUCACUUUCCUGCAUCUACUACUUUCGUUCGAAUUGUUGAAUGCAACCUAGAAAGGAAAAUGAACAUUUGAAGUACGUUUAUUUUUCUGAUAUCUUGUACUUGCACCCCUUUUACUUGUGUCCAAAUGCAGAUUCAGAGGAUGAUGACUAAGUGGAAGAUUUUGAAGUUUCUUUUCCUCAGUUGAGAUAGGGCAGUCUUACUAGAUCACUGCUUGUUUGUAGGUUUCUUUUUGAAUUCAUUUCUUACUACUGGGGCGGAAGGUGUUCAUAAUUUUCUUACAUUUCUGAUUUUUGUUCAAUUAUUCUUGGGAUAAGGAAAGGGAGUUAGGACCAUGAAGUACAUUCCACCUCGAUUACCUUUUGGUGUAUACAUAAUAGGCUACUGUUAUUCUAUACUUGUUCCCUGAAAAAAUACCUACCUUAGAUUAGUUUCUGUGGAAAAAAAUGAAAGAGAACAUUUCUUGUAAUGCAUUUGGUUAAAUUGAGUUUUGCUUGGUUGGGAGUGUGUGCAACUCUCAACCUUUUCACUUUUCAGUGGGGCAAGAGGGGUUGACCACUUUUCUUCCAUGUUUUUA